UCGAGACCUGCUCUUCUGAGCGAUUCCUGCACAGACGACGCACGCACUAUCGCACAUUACUCAUCCCUUUCUGACGAUGGGCUCGAACGGUGGCGUGGACAUCCCGGGCGCGCGGAAGACGAUGGCAACGCGGAAGCGGGUGUCGGUGUCGAGCGUGCGCAGCGAGAGCCCGCUCGUGCUCCAGACGGCGCCGAACACGGACUCGGAGGAGUGGGUCGCGGCGUGGAGGGCCGUCCUCGCGAAAGAUAUCAUUGACUCCCCGGUCGUGAGCGUGGACGCGGAGACGAGCGUGGAGGAUGCGUGUGAGCUGCUGUUGUCGAAGGACAUCGCGUGUCUUGCCGUGAAGACGCCUGCGAACCGCUCCCCGAAGCUCUCGCCGUUCUACGGGCUGUUCGACUUCGCGGACGUGAACGCGUUCCUCAUACUCGCCGCGACGAGACACAAGAUCACGUCGGAGGAGCUGCGCGAAAAGCCGCGCGUGCAGGAGAUACUCACCGCGGCCAAGGACGGGAAGGUCGCCGCAUACCUCAUCAGCAACCUGUCGGAGAAGAAUCCUCUGGAGGUCCUCCCGCACGACGCGACCAUCAUCCAGCUCCUGACCAUCUUCGCACGCGGUACGCACCGAGUGCUCGUCCAAGCCCCCUCAACCGACCCGUCCUCGCCCCCGUCCUACCUCGGGCUCGUCUCCGACCGCGCGCUCCUCGCGUGGCUCACCGCCUACGCGCAGCGCACGCCGCCGCUCCUCCGCUUCCUCUCCGUCCCGCUCAGCGCCGUCGCGCUGCCGUCGCUCUACCUGUACGCGGCGGUCGUCGCCGCGAAGGCGUCGGACAAGGUGCUCGACGCGAUGCGCCUGAUGAGCGACGAGGGCGUGAGCAGCGUCGCCGUCGUCGACGACGAGACGAAGGGGCUCCUGAGCGCGGUGAGCGUGACGGACAUCGGGAAGGUCGUCGUCCCCGCACAGAGCAACGCGAUCCUGGGCACGCCGCUGAAGCAGCUCGUCACGCGGAUCAAGGAACCGGACGGGUCUACGGACGGGGUGGACAAGUCUCCUGUGUACAGCGUCACGCCGAACAAUACGCUGCUCUACACCAUGCAGAAGCUGCUCGCGACGAACUCGCAUCGACUCUUCGUCACGGAGGAUUCGCCGAUGUCAAGCGCAGCUACGUUCACCUCCGCAUCGCCGACUAACCUGUGCGGUAUCGUGUCCGUGGUCGAUGUACUCGCCAUAUUCGCCCGCAUCGCGAACAUACCCGACGUCGACCCCACGCGGAUGCAGCGCCACCGGCGCGCGUCCUCCACGUCCUCCUCCUCCACAUCGGACUCGCCGCGCUCCCCGCGGUCGCCCAGAGACCACAUCGCGGCCCGAUCCCGCUCGGGCAGCCGCACGGGCCUCCAGCGGCGCGUCGGCUCCGUGGGGAGCUUCGAGGGGUUCCAGACGCAUACUCGGUGGGCUGAGCGUGUGCCCGUGCCGACGGAGUGAGGGUAAGGCGGUGGAAAGCUGAGUCGAAAUGGAGUUCGCGCUGCCGUCGUGGUCUGUAUAGAGCGCAAAAUUGGAUGUGGGAAAUCAGUGAGGGCGAGGAGGGAGCGGACAUUUGAGAAUGCUGUGUGUGUAACCAGGCGACUCGGCUGCAGUCGCGAUUGCGCUAUUUUGUAUCUGUUGUAUUGUUAGUUUGAAUGCUGCCCGCGUC